UCGAAUUAGCUGUCGUCAUACCGAUGCGCGCGCGCGAUGUAGCUUAUACUAAAUACGCCCGAGAGUAAUGGGACGCUUCAAGCUUUGCGCAUUUGAGUGGAAGUUGCCAAAAUCGAGGUGUCUGAACGCAGACGUUUUUUUAUUUUUCAAUUCACUAUCUAUCGUUUGUGCUUUGUGGGCUUUUUCGUUCAGGACAGAAGUUCAAACCCCUCAAGGUUACCUGCGCUUCAGUAUGAGCGUCCUGCGCGCGCCGGUCAUCACUGCACUCGCGCUGCUCAUCAUGAGCGGCGGAUACAGCCGACAGAGCGGCUCUGCGUCCGCGCGCUCCACCAGCCUGCUGCAGCUGCUCACGGACAGCGGGAGAGAAGCGGCCGAGCAUCAGGCACACUCUCCGUCUCCAGGCAAUACGGAAUACUCCGUAGAGUCGAGGGAAGGGAACGAAGUCAACAAAUCCAAUCAGCACGACCAGAUCCUGGAUGUCUUUCCCAGAGAUCUGCGGCAGAAAGAAAAAUUAAUAAAACAUUUAACAGGGCCUCUCUAUUUUAGCCCAAAAUGCAGCAAACACUUUUACAGAUUAUAUCAUAACACCAGGGACUGCACAAUACCAGCCUAUUAUAGAAGAUGUGCGCGGUUACUCAGAAGGUUAGCGGAGAGUCAGCGGUGUUCUGAUGGAUAGACCUUGCAAAUUUGAGCAGGAAUAAAGAGGACCAAGAAAAAAAAGUGCCUUGGAAAAGAACAGGGAGGCAAACACCUCAGAAACAUUUGUCAUUAUGAAGCAUAAUUUGUCAUCACAUUUUUAUCCAACUCCCUCAUAGAGUUUGACAUACACUACAUGGAAGUCUUAUUGACUGAUACAUGUUAUUACUGGACUUUCUGAUAACUCGAAUGGUGCAAGUGAAGGUGCUUUUUUAGACGCUAAAAAAGCCACUGGCAAAAUCUGUGGACGGUGCAGCAUAGUGCAUAUACAUUUAUUGGUUAUGCAAAUGGUGUUACUAUUCACUAUAUUAUUCAACAUACACAACUUCUUGUCCAAAACUCUUGACCACCUUCAGUACUCAAAAAUCAAAACCUGGUAAAUCAGUGAUUGAGUUAUGAAUUGUAUUUAUAAGACAUUUCUUUCGAUAGAGAAAAGGGAUGAAAGUUGCUGUUUAUGAAAAUAUAGUCAGAAUUUUCCCUGAACAUGAAUGUCAUAUAUCCUUUAUUUAUAUAUUCAAGUUAUUGUCAG